AUGGCGGUGUCCGACUUCUUAUUCGUUCUAACUGAUCCCCUACUGAGGAGGACAGGUCAGUAUUAUUUCCCAAAUUCUUUUCUGCAUAUCACUCCCGUGUGCAGUCUCAAUAUCGUCUUGCUCGCAGCGGCCACGACUAUCUCUGUCUGGGUAACAGUCGCUUUCACGUUUGAUCGAUUUGUGGCCAUUUGUUGUGAGAAACUGAAAUCGAGAUAUUGUACAGAGAGAACGGCGGCUGUAGUUAUAGGGAUAGUGUGUGUGCUGGGAUGCUUGGUGUGUGUACCCUGGUACUUUAUAUAUGAACCCCACCGUUACAUUAACGGUGUCCCCUUGGGCUGUGCUGUUACAAUGCAUUUCCUAACUUCAGAAUCUUGGGCCGCAUUUGACUUGAUUGAUCGUAUGAUAACCCCCUUUAUCCCGUUCUUUCUGAUUUUAUUGCUCAAUAUACUGACGGUCAGACGGAUUUUAGCGGCAAGUGGAGUCCGCAGAGGCUUCCGGAGCCGCAGCAAUGGAGAGAACGACAAAGACCCGGAGAUGGAGAACCGGAAGAAGUCUAUCCUGUUGCUCUUCAGUAUAACGGCUAGUUUUAUAUUGUCGUGGUUGACAAAGGUUGUGUUUAAUAUUUACAGAAGAUUAACAGAUGUCAGGUAUUAUUCUUAUUCUGACCCAAAUUACAUCGCCCAAGCAGCAGCAUUUAUGCUGCAAGUGCUCAAUUCCUGCACUAACACGUGCAUUUAUAUCUUAACCCAGAGACGAUUCAGGCAGGAGCUGUGGAACCUGGCGAGGUUUCCCUUGAAUCUCGCCAUGAAAGUGUUUAAAUCAUAG